AGUGUCCAGGUCAAACCCGGUCAACCCAACCAUCUAUAUUUACACCAUCAUUUUUGGCGCCACCCGUGGGACCGAUUUUUAAAGUUUUUUCGACCAGGUCAAAACUUUACCCCCACUAAAUAUCCGCAAUCAUGUCUUCAAGCAACCACAACACUGUGUCAAGCCAGGCUGCGAGUGAGAGCACUCCUGCCAUCCCAUUGAUGAUGCCAGGCAUGGGAACGACCUUUGCCCCGAUCACCACGGUAGGAUCAGUUGGCAUGAUCCCAAUCAUGUCAACCCCUACUCCUGCUCCAACGACAACAAUGUUCCCAGGCUCGAUAACAACGCUUGGGAGGGCAUUCACGCCAUAUCCGACAAGCUUGGCUCAAUUUGUUGCUGACCCGGCAAAUGCUCAAGCUCUGCAGGGCUAUCAACAGGUGAUGGCCAUGAUGCAACAAGCAGGGGGCUUCAUGCCAUUUGCAUAUCCGGGCAUGAUGCCACCAAUCAUGAGUUCAAUGGUACCUCCAGUGUCGACCCCGUCGACAUUCGUCCCUAGGAUGGUCCCUAUACGUCCGGUGAAUUUGACGGGGACCAUGAACGAAGCAGCACCAUCGAAUAUCCAUGAAGUUGACGAGGCGGAGCAAGAGGCAGCCCGCAGAAGGAAGGGUAAGGCUAUAGCCAAACCCAGCAAGACCCGAGAUUCGGCGUUCAUACGCCUAGGGGACAAAGAGGAUAGACCUUGCAAGUCUGCAAAGCUACGUCUUGGUCCUGAGACGGGCCAGACUAGCGGAAUGGAAAGACUUGGCGGGAAUCGUCCCGCCCAAUCUCGUUGUUCUAGGGAAUCUGAGACGAUUCACCUAGACGAGGAGGAAGCUGAAAGCCAGCCUAGGGCAUCGACAUAUACCGGGCUCUCAUGCGAUGAGGAUGACCUGGACAAGAUAGGGAGCGUAGCAAGAAAGCUACGUGCCCUGGAAGAAAAGGUGGAAGAAAAGGUCUCCAUAGAAAGGUCAUGGGAAUGGCUUGACAAUUUAAAAGAGGGACAGGUCAACGAGAAUGACUUGAUGAUUCUAGAAGAAGACAGGAGGUCUUCUUCAAUACGGGGAGGGAGAUCACAGAGCAGAAUCGCCAGCCUGACCCUAGGUCCGGUGAUAGAAAUUGAUGCAGUGGAUGGCGGCAACAGUUGGGCGGCGUCUGGUCUGAUGCAGCAACAUCGAUGGUGACUUUGAUUCUGGCACAGGAAAUGGACCAAGGAGAGAUGGAGCAUUUUGUUCAACUUUUUUUUUUCCGUUCUUGUUAAUUAGGAAUCCAAAUCUUUUAAUUUUUUAAUUGAUGAAUUUAAAUAUCUAAUAUGUUUAUGUAAAUUUUCAAUUGAUGUGUAAUUGAAUGUUUAAUUUUAUAUUAAGUGUUGAUUUGUUUGAAUGUCAAUGUUGAAUCAGUCCAAAUUUGAUUUUUAAUUUAAUUAUUGUCUCUAAAAUUACAAAAUCUUCUUAUGUCAAAUUGUUUAAUAACAAAGAUUGAAUCUUUGG